UGCCGCCACCCCGACUGCCGGCUGCCUGCUGCCUGCGCUGCCCUCAACGUCUCCGCGGUGGUGGGACCUCUUCACUCCCCGGCGCCCGAGUCUCCCGCCGUCGCUCAGGCCUCCGGACCCGCCGGAGAGGUUCCCACUCGGCGCCCUAGCUCGGCGGGGCCCCGACACCCGGACCGCCGCCCCCUCCCAGCCGCCUUCGGCAAAAUUGUUGGAAAACUUCCAAGAGCAUAAAAUUUAGAUGACGAAAAUGGAUAUCCGUGGUGCCGUGGAUGCUGCUGUUCCAACCAACAUCAUUGCUGCCAAGGCUGCAGAAGUUCGCGCGAACAAAGUGAACUGGCUGUCCUACCUUCAGGGACAGAUGAUUUCUGCUGAAGAUUGUGAAUUCAUUCAAAGGUUUGAAAUGAAAAGAAGUCCUGAGGAGAAGCAAGAAAUGCUUCAAACUGAAGGCAGUCAGUGUGCUAAAACAUUUAUAAACCUGAUGACUCAUAUCUCCAAAGAACAGACAGUUCAGUACAUACUAACUAUGGUCGAUGAUAUGUUGCAGGAAAAUCAUCAGCGUGUUAGCAUUUUUUUUGACUAUGCUAAACGGAGCAAGAACACUGCCUGGUCCUACUUUCUGCCAAUGUUGAAUCGCCAGGAUCUCUUUACUGUUCAUAUGGCAGCAAGAAUUAUUGCCAAGUUAGCAGCUUGGGGAAAAGAAUUGAUGGAAGGCAGUGACUUAAAUUACUAUUUUAAUUGGAUAAAAACUCAGCUGAGUUCACAGAAACUGCGUGGUAGCGGUGUUGCUGUUGAAACAGGAACAGUCUCUUCAAGUGAUAGCUCUCAGUAUGUGCAGUGUGUUGCUGGGUGUCUGCAGCUGAUGCUUCGGGUCAAUGAGUACCGCUUUGCCUGGGUAGAAGCAGAUGGGGUAAACUGCAUAAUGGGGGUUCUGAGCAACAAAUGUGGCUUUCAACUCCAGUAUCAAAUGAUUUUUUCAAUAUGGCUCCUGGCGUUCAGUCCUCAAAUGUGUGAGCACCUGCGGCGCUAUAAUAUCAUUCCUGUCCUGUCCGAUAUCCUGCAAGAAUCUGUCAAAGAGAAAGUGACAAGAAUCAUCCUUGCAGCAUUCCGUAACUUUUUAGAAAAAUCAACUGAAAGAGAAACUCGCCAAGAAUAUGCUUUGGCUAUGAUUCAGUGCAAAGUUCUCAAACAGUUGGAGAACUUGGAACAGCAAAAGUACGAUGAUGAAGACAUCAGCGAAGAUAUAAAAUUUCUUUUGGAAAAACUUGGGGAGAGUGUUCAGGAUCUUAGCUCAUUUGAUGAAUACAGUUCAGAACUUAAAUCUGGAAGAUUGGAAUGGAGUCCUGUGCACAAAUCUGAGAAAUUUUGGAGAGAAAAUGCUGUAAGGUUAAAUGAAAAGAAUUAUGAACUUUUGAAAAUUUUGACAAAACUUCUGGAAGUAUCAGAUGAUCCACAAGUCUUAGCUGUUGCUGCUCAUGAUGUUGGAGAAUAUGUGCGGCAUUAUCCACGAGGCAAACGGGUCAUUGAGCAGCUUGGUGGGAAGCAACUGGUGAUGAACCACAUGCACCACGAAGACCAGCAGGUUCGCUACAACGCUCUCCUGGCUGUGCAGAAGCUCAUGGUGCACAACUGGGAAUAUCUUGGUAAACAGCUCCAAUCGGAGCAACCUCAGACUACUGCUGCCCGAAGCUGAACCAGCCUCCCAUGUCACCUGUGAUGCGGAACACCUGGAGUGCGAAUUUCAGUAGUUAAAUAAUUUUUCAUUUUAUGUGUAAUUUUCUUCUGUUGUGUAGCUGUUUCCACUGCUGAUUUCUAGUAAAAGUGUUUGCCCAUCAAUCUGUAUAAAAGUAAAUGCUUUCUGUACCUAAGGAAAAGAUUACUGUUACAUAUAUUGCUUGUAUUUCUAUAUUUAUUAUUCUCUGGAAAUGAAUAUAGUUAUUAAAGGAUUCUCACUCCAAA